UCUCUCUCUCUCUCUCUCUCUCUCUCUCCUUCCAGACUGAACCUAGUCUCUACAGUUGGAAGCCCCAAAUUCUCCCCUCUCUCUCUCUCUCUCUCUCUUCCCUUCCAAACUGAACCUCUCGUCUCUACAGUUGGAAGCCCCCAAUUUUCCUCUCCUCUCUCUCUCUCUCUCUCUCUCUCUCUCUCUCUCUCUCCCCCUCCCUUUCCAUUUGUGAGCUUUUCUGCUUGGUGGGGUUUGCAGCAUCGGUUAAAGACUCAAACUUUGGCUCUCUCUCUUUCUCUCCCUCUCUCCCCCUCUCUCUCUCCUUCCAUUUGUGAGCUUUUCUGCUUGGUGGGUUCUGCAGCAUCAGUUAAAGACAAACUUUGAUGUGUUAUGCCAUAAGCAUAUUGCAGCUUGCACAAAGGAGAUAAAGAACGGCUGAAGAAGUUUUUCCUGUUAAACAUGAAGGCGAUUUCACCUUUGCCCCUCAAAGAUCAGGGAGAUAGACCCAAGUUUUUGAUUGAGGUUGCAACCAAAGAAAAUCGGUUGUGGGGUGUGGUCCAUUCCAAAGGACUCUUGAACUCUGAGGUCCAGGACUUGUACUGCGAAGUGCGAUCUGGUUAUGAGAAUCUCAUAUUGAGUGAUCAUGAGCAGUUGGAAUUUCAAGACAUUGAGUAUUCUUUGUGGAAGCUACACUACAAGCAUAUUGACGAGUUUCGCAAAAGACUAAAAGGAAGUUCAGUGAAUGCAGAAAGCAAAAAUAUGGUGGUGCUACGAAAUGAUAUUCAUGUAGAAGGGUUUAAACUCUUUCUAUCAGAAGCAAUUGAAUUCUACCAGAAUAUGAUUGGGAAGAUAAGUAAACGUAAGAGGCUCCCAGAAGAGUCUGUGAUAAAUAGAAAGGGAGGCGGCGACCUUACUUUUGCAGAGCACAAAAAGAUGCAGAAGUGCCAAUUUUUGUGCCAUCGCUUUUUGGUGUGUCUCGGGGAUCUGGCUAGAUACAGAGAACAAUAUGAAAAGCCUGAUGUGCAAACCCGAAAUUGGUCAGUUGCGGCCACUCACUACUUGGAAGCGGCAGCAACUUGGUCAGAUAGUGGAAACCCCCACAAUCAGUUGGCUGUAUUGGCAACAUAUAUUGGUGACGAGUUCCUCGCUUUGUACCACUGUAUAAGAAGUUUAGCUGUUAAAGAACCUUUCCCUGAUGCUCGGGGUAACCUUAUCCUACUGUUUGAAAGGAGCAGGUCAUCUCAUGUAUAUUCUCCUUCAAGCGAGGCCCACUUUAAUUUCUUAAACCCGUCUGAAAGAACCAGUGUUCAGACUACUUCACAGUCGAGCGAUGAUACAAAGUUAUGGUCUCUUAUUAUUGGAAUGUUAAGUUUCUUUCACAUUAAAUCAAGUGUGGAUGAAUUCCCCUGUGCUUUUGCUACUAUGAGAGAGUUCGAUGCACUGAUGGCACUAGAUGAUACAGAGCUAAAAGCUGCAUUGGAGCCAUAUCAGCGUAUGGAUUCAGUUAGAAGAGGCCCUUUUCGAGCACUCCAAGUUGUUUCUGUACUAGUCUUUACCGUACAGAAUCUAUUCAAGACCCCGGAAAUAAAAGGAUCAACUGACAAAAUCGAUAUCCAGCAGAAAGAGCUGAGACAAUUGGCACUGACUGCAGCAUUCAUUUUCAUGGGGCGGUUCGUUGAAAGAUGUUCAGAGGCUGGUGCAGUAGAGACUUGCCCCCUUCUACCAGCUGUGCUUUUUUUUGUGGAGUGGCUAGUCGUCGUGCUUGAUGAAGCAGAAAUGUAUGGGGUCGAUGAAAAAUGCAGAAGUGCGAUGUCUUACUUUUUUGGUGCAUUCAUUGAUCUUCUGAAGCAAUUCAACCUCAACGAGGAUGAGGCCAAGUAUCCAGAAGGUACUCCUCUGUGGGAAGACUAUGAGCUGAGGGGAUUUGCACCGGUAGUUUGUGUUCAUGCAUCACUAGAUUUCUCAUAUCAUCCGGAACAUAUUGACAAUUAUGACAGCGGAAUUGAUUGUCGUGCUCAGAGAAUCAUCAAGGCUGCAAUUAAAAUUGCAGACAGAUCAACAGGUUCUCAAAAGUGGAUUGUCUAUGACAAAUCUCGAAGAAAAUUUUCCAAAGUCUAUAUGGCAGAGUCAAAUGAGUAUGCAGACGGGAAAGAACUAGGAGGAUUCGAGUCCAACAAUCCUGAUGGUAAACUGAAAAUGCCUAGUCUUCAUAUCCACGAACCGCUGAAAGAAUGCAAGAAACAGAUGAUUGCUGGGGAAAAUCUGAGUUCUAACGGACAUUCUGUUGAUGCGGAAGAGGAAGAGGUUAUUCUCUUCAGGCCUCUUACAAGACACAACUCAGCACCACUCAAGAUUUCCUCUACUUUAAAGGAUCCAUACCCUACGAAAGAUAUGGCGGAUCAAAGUGUACCUUCUGAUGAGUGCUUGCGCCGUGCCACAUCACUUCUUAUAGCGCAAAACCAGGCCAAGACUGAUCCCUUAUCUUUUCAUGCUGAUAUCACUAAUUUUCGGCGCAACGUGCCAUUUAAACAGCAGGAGCCUUCUGUGAAGGAACAGCCAUUUUUGGAAACUCCAAUCAUAGCCGGGCCUCCCUCUCUUAAUGCUUGGGUCCUGGACGGAGGAAAUUUGAACAGUAAUAAGGAGAAAAGCACAAGCAAAAUAAGUAAACGUGGCUCGAGCUUGAGCCCCAUUGAGGAAAUAGCUUCGGAAUAUCUGGAUGUUCUGUCCAUCAAUGAAAAUGAAUAUUCUCUCGGUAGUCACGAAAUUUCGAGCACUCAUUCCUCUUCCUCUACUUAUACAACUCCUGUGCCUUCUGCUCCUCUAUUGCCAGAUGAUGCUGUUUGGUUUGAUGGUGGAACCGAAUCUAGUUUCAGCGACUGCAAAAGCUCCGCGGGGAUCAGCAUGACAGAUAAUCUCUGUGACGCUAACGCAACAUAUUCACAGGCAGGCAGCUAUGCAAACUGGACUGCAACUCAAGCGCUACCUGAUUAUAGUUCCAGCAUUCUAAAUUUCAUGGAUAAGUACCCGCCUUGGCAUCGAAUGACUUCAUCAGAAUGGCUCCGUCAGUACAGAGAGAGUCUCAACCUUGGCCACCAUGCAUGGCCAAAUUCUCUGUAUCCGCCCAGUAACCGCGGAAACUUAUACGAUUAUGAUGCUUCCAGGUUAAAUCAUUUCAACCGAUGGGGACAUCACGCGGCGUCUAAUCCGCCAAUGCAGAUGAACAACCUGCCAUCGAAUCCGCCUUUUCCUGGCUACCAAAGACCAAUCCCCUACGGGUGUGGCGCUGUGACGGAUGUAAGAAACGAGCAGCAGCCGCUUCUGCAGUACCUUAAGGAGAAAGAAACUAAACUGCAGCAUGAUCCUGCUGCCAGAGGUCCUAGUUAUAUGGACGAUUGAGAGAUUUUAACACGUAAAAGUUGAUACGAUAGUCUUGAAAUAUCCAUGUCUGCAUUUUUGUAUAUACGUAAGCAGAUGAAACUGUGAAAUCCUCCUGCGGUCCACAAUGUGAUGAAGAUUAACUUUUGUAUAUCUAAAAACUCACCCUUGGUUUUUUUUUUUUU